AUGACCAGCCGAUUGGACGCCUCGCUCCCAGACUACAUUUCCCAGGAGGCCCCGCGGCGACAGGGCGGGACUUUCGGGGAGCCAAUGAACAGCCGAUUGGACGCCUCGCUCCGACAUUUCCCAGGAGGCCCCGCGGCGAGAGGGCGGUACCCGGGGCCAAUGAACAGCCGACUUGCCUCGCUCCCAGACUACAUUUCCCAGGAGACCCCGCGGCGAGGGGGGCCCUGUGCAGCCAAUGAACAGCCGAUUGACGCCUCGCUCCCAGACUACAUUUCCCAGGAGGCCCCGCGGCACAGGGGGGGCUUUGGGGAGCCAAUGAACAGCCGAUUGGCGCCUCGCUCCGACAUUUCCCAGGAGGCCCCGCGGCGAGAGGGCGGGACCCAUAGGCGUUGGAGCCGGCGGCGGCCCCCUCCGAACUACGUUGCCCUGGAGCGCCGCGAGGGGGCGUGGUCCCAGGAGGUUAUAAAUGGCGGCGCGGGCGGCGCGGGCCGGCAGCGCUCGGCUCCGUGCGGCCCCCGCUCCAUGGGCGUCGGGGGAGGCCGGCGGGGGCCCCCGGGGCUGGAGGCGCUGAAGCUCCGGGCGUCCGAAUGCAUCGAGGCGGCGGCCGAGCGGCUGGGGGCGCUGAGCCGGGAGAUCUGGGCCGCGCCCGAGCUGGCCUACGAGGAGCACGGCGCCCACCGGGCCCUCACCCGCUUCUUCGGGCGGGAGGCGCGACCCCCCUGGGCCGUGCGGCCGCACUACCUGCUGGACACCGCCUUCCGGGCCGAAUGGGCGGCGCCGGCCCGGGGGGAGCCCCUGCGGCUGGGCUUCCUCUGCGAGUACGACGCGCCGGGCCUCGGUCACGCCUGCGGACACAACCUCAUCGCCGAGGUCGGGGCGGCCGCCCCUGGGGCUGAGGGGGGCCUGGAGACGCUGCGCGAGGCCGCCCCGCCCGUCCAGAUAAUUGUUCUGGGAACACCUGCAGAAGAAGAUGGAGGUGGCAAAAUUGACUUAAUUGAAGCUGGUGCUUUUAAUCACCUCGAUGUGGUGUUUAUGGCCCAUCCAUCCCAAGAGAAUGCAGCUUAUCUGCCCGAUGUGGCAGAACAUGAUGUGACUGUGAAAUACCAUGGCAAAACUUCUCAUGCUGCAGCUUAUCCAUGGGAAGGAGUAAAUGCACUAGAUGCCGCUGUCCUGGCCUACAACAAUCUGUCAGUUUUAAGGCAGCAAAUGAAACCCACUUGGAGAGUUCAUGGUAUAAUAAAAGAUGGUGGUGUGAAACCAAAUAUCAUUCCUUCUCAUGCUGAAUUAGUCUACUAUUUGCGUGCUCCAUCGAUGAAGGAACUAUCAACUUUGACCAAAAAAGCAGAAGACUGUUUCAGAGCUGCAGCUCUGGCCACGGGGUGCUCUGUUGAAUUGAUAGGAGGAGCACAUGACUAUUACAACGUGCUUCCCAACAGGAGUCUGGCCAAGGCAUAUGUGGAGAAUGGAGAGAAGCAGGGGAUUGAAUUUAUCUCCGAUGAUUCCGUCCUGAAUGGCUUGUCAGGUUCCACUGAUUUUGGAAAUGUCACUUUUGUGGUUCCUGGAAUCCAUCCCUAUUUUUACAUCGGUUCCGACGCACUUAAUCACACUGAGGAGUACACGGUGGCUGCAGGGUCACAGGAAGCUCAGUUCUACACUUUGCGAACAGCGAAGACUCUGGCAAUGACAGCCUUGGAUGUAAUUUUCAAACCAGGUCUUCUGGAAAGGGUCAGGGAGGACUUCAAGCUUCAACUCCAAAAGGAAGAGUUUCUCAAUGCGACGCGGGAAGACACCCCGGCUGUGGCCUAGGUGCGUUCUGGGAAUCCCACUCAGCUCUUCUCCCACGGCCUGCUUCCUUCCUUCACAAGCAGGGUCAUGGUGAGCUCCUGCUGCCUCAAAAGUGGAUGACACCAUGUGAGUGGGGAAAGCGCUUUACUUCCUGCCCACUAAAAGGAAAAGUUAAGUCAAAUACUCUGUGAAAACAAGACCCUUUAGGACCUGACAGCUAUGGAACAGAAA